AUAUCGCAAAUUCUACGCGUCGACAUGGAGUAUGCUAUAAUAAUAAUAAUAUGAUGUACAUAAUGAUAACACCGAUACGACGAUACGAACGCGCGCGCACUUCGCCGAAAUCGAUUGUAGAGUACAUUUACAGCUGCCAUCGCGAGACGACGAUGUUUCGAGUGUUAUUUACACAGGCUCAAGGCUUAUAAGCUCUUCGUAUUAUAGGUAUCCAAAUUAAUAUCGUCGUCGCCGUCGUCUCGUUUUUGAUGUUUUCGCGCUUUUUACAAAUCAGCGUGGUUCGAUUCAACGCCCCGGGAACACUAUCUCGAUAAACUUAUAUAGCGGAGUCCCAUCUGAAUAGUGUAUCACAACAGGCAACAGCUGCGCACGCGUUGUAUUCAAUUAAUAUAUUAUAUAUAUAGAUACUAUAUAUAUAUACAUAAAUACAUAAUAUACAACAUACUUACCUAUCGCCACCGUCCAACGACAUCCGUCAACAUGUUGAUGCUGUUAAGAAUCGCCGAAAUGCUAAUCCCAAUUAUGAUAUCCAUAUGUAUGAUGGGAUUCAAAAAUAGAAAUGUUACUGAUUAUAUCAAGAUGCUUCAACUACAGAACCAUGAGUCACACUGGUUUUUCAAAAUUGUUUUUACCCAAGUUUCCAUUUAUGUAAGUUUGUUUUUUACCAUGCUUGUCAUAUGUGGACUAUUGAUAAAAGAACAAAUUCCUAAGAAAUUGGUACUCGUUGGUUCAGUCGUACAAGUACUUUUAUGUAUUGCAUCCUCAUUUUUUUUACUGCAAUUUCAUAAAGAUUUGGGCAAGUUUGAACUAGUUCUAUGUUCGUCAGCAUUCGGAUUUAAUGGCUUGUUAUUUACAAUUGAUGCGAUAAUUAUGUUUCAACAAAUCGUAUUUUCACGUUCACGAUAAAUUAUAAACCAUAUAAUAUUAUCCUAUAUUUUUAUUACUUAUAUAUAUAUCAUAUUACUAUUAAAAAUUUAAAAUUGUACCUAUAUAUUUGUUUUUUACUUUAAUUAUAAUGUAAUAAUUAUUUUUAUAUUAUAUAUGUAUAUAUUUAUUUAAAAAUAAAUCUAAAUUUGGGCACCUAU